UCUCCUUUUGCAAGAAAAUAAUUUGACAGUCGAUUUGCUGACAGGGGAGGAAUUUGCAUCCUGGAUUAAAAAAAAAAAAGGCCGAGAGGAGCUUGGGAACGGUUGCUAGGGGUGGGUAAUGGGUGAAAAAAGGGGGGCGCCGGGGAGCAGAUAAGGAGGGUUAAGGGAGGGGGCAAGGGUGGGGAGCAAUGCAAAAGGUAAGGCCAGGUUACCGCGGCUCGGCCCCGAGUGGGCUACGGCCGGGGGAGGGGCAAGAGAUACAUAUGUAUUUCUGUCUCCCUAGCACACCCCCUUCCCUCUAAGCGAUGGCUGAGAGGCGGUGCAUGCAGAUGGGGAGUAAGUUUCCUGAAGGGGAGGGUGGAUGCACGCGCGCGGCCCCGCGCUGCAAAUUUCCACCGGGGAGGGAGAGUGGCUGGAUGCGGAGAGUUUGGAGUUGCUUGCGGCGGAGGGCAGGAAGGGGAGCAGGGCCGGGAAAGGGGGCUGGCGGGCGCUAUUUCUGGGAGUAAGUUUCCAGGAUCAGGAGAGCCUGCACGCUAGCUCGCUACUCUGCUCGCCCCCCAUCCCACCCCCCAAGCGGAGACUGGUCUUGUCGGAUUGCCCAUGCACUUGUUGCAGAAACAGCCAAGGCCCUGGCUCUGGAGGAUGCUGAAGGAGGAAGACACGGAAGCAGCACGGCCCUGAGGGAUUAAGCCUCUUAAUCCUGCAACAGAACCAGGUCUCCUCUUCCCACCUGCCCAGCAGCAUGAGAGCAGCAUGACUGGCCAGCCGCAGGAGAAGCCCCCAGAGCCAGGCCCCCAACUCAACCAUCUGCUGCGGAGGUCAAGGUGUGAGCGGCAUCUCUUCACCACAGUGGUGUUUGGUCCGUACCUCAGCCCGAGUGAGGAUGUAAAACCCCCCGCUCUGCAAAGGAGUGGUACAGGCCAACAGGAACACCUGGCUCCAGCCACGAUCACAGACAUGUCAGCCGUGGAGUAGUGUGGACGCUAUCUCUCAGCUUCUCAGGGUUUCAGUCCUUUUGGGUUUGUUUCAUUUACCUUUUUUUAUGGUUUUGUGGCUGGACAUUCACGACCAAGGUGGGCACCAUGGGGGAUCAGCAGCUGUACAAGACCAACCACGUGGCCCACGGUGGUGAGAACCUUUUCUACCAACAGCCAGCACUUGGCGUCCACAGUGGGCUGAACCACAACUAUGGGAAUACAGUCACAGGGGCUGCCAUGGAUGCCCCUCAGGCCUCGCCCAUCUCCCCCCACUUCCCUCAAGAUACUCGGGAAGGUCUAGGCUUGCCUGUUGGCUCCAAAAACCUUGGCCAAGUGGACACCUCGAGGCAGGGAGGGUGGGGAGGCCAUUCAGGGCCUGGAAACCAUGUCCAGCUACGUGGCAACCUGACCAACUCAAACAUGAUGUGGGGGACACCGGCCCAGGCUGACCCCACUGAUGGCUACCAAUACACCUACGCCCAGGCCAGUGAGAUCCGGACUCAGAAGCUCACCAGCGGUGUCCUGCACAAACUAGACUCUUUCACCCAGGUGUUUGCCAACCAAAACCUGCGGAUUCAGGUCAACAAUAUGGCCCAGGUGCUGCACACCCAGUCAGCAGUGAUGGAUGGGGCCCCUGACAGUGCCCUUCGCCAGCUGCUGUCCCAGAAGCCCGUGGAGUCCCCAGCACCGGCUAUACCUUCCCGCUACCAGCAGGUGCCCCAGCAGCCUCACCCUGGUUUCACUGGCGGGCUGUCCAAACCAGCUCUUCAGGUUGGGCAGCACCCUAGCCAGGGGCACAUGUAUUAUGACUACCAGCAGCCACUGGCUCAGAUGCCAGUGCAGGGAGGACAGCCCUUGCAGACGCCACAGAUGCUGUCCCAGCACAUGCAACAGAUGCAGCAGCACCAGUAUUACCCACAGCAGCAACAGCAGCAAGCUGGGCAGCAGCGUAUGUCGAUGCAAGAAAUGCAGCAGCAGCAGCAGAUUCGCCCACCACAGCCUCAGCAGCAGCAGCAACAGCAGCAGCAGCAGCAGCAGCUGCAGCUCCAGCAGCGGCAGGGUUCAAUGCAGAUACCUCAGUAUUAUCAGUCCCCACCCAUGAUGCAGCACUUGCAAGAGCAGCAACAACCACAGAUGCACCUGCAGCCCCCUUCUUAUCACAGGGACCCCCACCAGUACACCCCGGAGCAGGCGCACGCCGUCCAGCUGAUUCAGCUGGGCUCCAUGCCCCAGUACUACUACCAGGAGCCCCAGCAGUCCUACAGCCACCCCCUCUACCAGCAGAGCCACCUGCCCCAGCACCAGCAGCGUGAGGACAGUCAGCCCAAGACUUACCCCAGCGAGAGGCAGGCCCAGGCCAUGCUGAGCUCCCACGGGGACCUGGGGCCUCCUGAUGCAGGAAUGGGAGACCCAGCAAGCUCGGAUCUGAACCGGGUCAGCAGCGCCCUCCCCCAUCGGCCACUCCUGUCCCCCAGUGGGAUCCAUCUCAACAACAUGGGGCCUCCGCACCAGCAGCUGUCUCCCAGUGCCAUGUGGCCCCAGAUGCACCUACCUGAUGGCAGAGCCCAGCCAGGAUCACCUGAGUCAAGUGGCCCACUAAAAGGAGUGUUUGGGGAGCAAUUUGAUGCCAAGAACAAGCUGACGUGCUCCAUCUGCCUGAAGGAGUUCAAGAGCCUGCCUGCCCUGAAUGGCCACAUGCGGUCCCACGGGGGAAUGAGGGCCUCCCCCAGCCUCAAACAGGAGGAAGGAGAGAAGGCCCCGCCGCCUCAGCCCCAGCCGCCACUGCCGCCUCCGCCGCCACCGCAGCUCCCUCCCGAGGCAGAAAGCCUCACGCCUAUGGUCAUGCCCGUGUCUGUCCCUGUCAAGCUUCUCCCGCCCAAGCCCAGCUCUCAGGGCUUCGCCAACAGCGUCGUUGCCGCCCCCUCCGCCAGAGACAAGCCAGCCAGCUCGAUGUCGGACGACGAGAUGCCCGUGCUCGUGAGGAUGACCCUCUCCCCCCCACACUCACCCCAAGGGGCUGCCCCCCGCACGCCUGCUGAAAUUCCCAGGAAGCAUCAGCCGGGCGUGGCCAAAGCUGAGGAGCCCCUGAAGCCCGCGCCGGAGAAAAAGUGCCGCCGGCACCGGCCCGAGCCGCUCUUCAUCCCGCCACCGCCCUCCUACCACCCGAGCCCCGCCGCCUCCGUCUCGGGCGCCACCCUCUACCAGAGCCAGCUGCGCUCCCCGCGCAUGCUCGGGGACCACCUGCUCCUGGACCCCGCCCACGAGCUGCCCCCCUACACGCCCCCGCCCAUGCUGAGCCCGGUGCGCCAGGGCUCGGGGCUCUUCAGCAACGUGCUCAUCUCGGGGCAUGGCGCCGGCGCCCACCCGCAGCUGCCCCUCACGCCCCUGACGCCCACGCCGCGCGUGCUGCUCUGCCGCUCCAACAGCAUCGAUGGCAGCAAUGUGACGGUCACCCCAGGGCCUGGAGAGCAGACGGUUGACGUUGAACCACGCAUCAACAUUGGCUUGAGAUUCCAAGCCGAGAUCCCAGAACUCCAGGAUGUCUCUGCCCUGGCCCAGGACACACACAAGGCCACCCUGGUAUGGAAGCCCUGGCCAGAGCUGGAAAACCAUGACCUCCAGCAAAGAGUGGAGAAUCUCCUGAAUUUGUGCUGUUCAAGUGCGUUGCCAGGUGGAGGGACCAAUUCUGAAUUUGCUUUGCACUCUCUCUUCGAGGCCAAAGGUGAUGUGAUGGUUGCUCUGGAAAUGCUGCUGCUGCGGAAGCCCGUCAGGUUAAAAUGUCAUCCUUUAGCAAAUUACCAUUAUGCUGGUUCGGACAAGUGGACCUCCCUAGAAAGAAAACUGUUUAAUAAAGCACUGGCCACUUACAGCAAAGACUUUAUUUUUGUACAGAAGAUGGUGAAGUCUAAGACGGUGGCUCAGUGUGUGGAGUACUACUACACCUGGAAAAAAAUUAUGCGGUUGGGGCGGAGGCACCGGACACGCCUCGCGGAAAUCAUCGAUGACUAUGUGACGAGUGAAGAAGAAGAGGAGUUAGAGGAGGAGGAGGACCCGGAAGAAGAUAGGAAAUCCACAAGAGAAGAGGAGAACGAAGUGGCAAGGUCCCCGGAGCCACCACCAGGCCCCAUCCUGGCUCCCACAGAGGGGCCGCCCCUGCAGGCCCUCGGCCAGCCCUUGGGCUCCUUCAUCUGUGAAAUGCCCAACUGCGGGGCUGACUGUAGAUGUCAUGUCACUCCCUUUCUUCCCCAGGUGUUCAGCUCCCGACAGGCACUGAACGGCCACGCCCGCAUCCACGGUGGCACCAACCAGGUGACCAAAGCUCGGGGUGCUGUCCCCCCUGGGAAGCAGAAGCCUGGCAGCGCCCAGAGCGGGUACUGCUCGGUGAAGAGCUCGCCCUCUCACAGCACCACCAGCGGCGAGACAGACCCCACCACCAUCUUCCCCUGCAAGGAGUGUGGCAAAGUCUUCUUCAAGAUCAAAAGCCGAAAUGCCCACAUGAAAACUCACAGGCAGCAAGAGGAACAGCAGAGACAAAAGGCUCAGAAGGCGGCUUUCGCGGCUGAAAUGGCAGCCACAAUCGAGAGGACUACGGGGCCAGUGGGGGCACCAGGGCUGCUGCCCCUGGACCAGCUGAAUCUAAUCAAACCCAUCAAGGACGUGGACAUCCUCGACGACGACGUGGUCCAGCAGUUAGGAGGCGUCAUGGAAGAGGCUGAGGUUGUGGACGCCGAUCUCCUCCUGGAUGAUCAAGAUUCAGUUUUGCUUCAGGGUGACACGGAACUAUAAAGCCCUGUUGGUCGCUUAGAGACAGCAAAAACCCAUGGCCUCCAUCUUCAUUAAUCAGGAAACCUGGACUGCUUGCUUGUUUUGUAACCAUUUUAAACUACCUGUUUAAAAAGUGGUCGUUUUAUUGCGGUUUAGAAAAAAAAUUCCAGUUUUUCUUUUAUUUAAAAAAAAUUUGUUUUUGUGGGAGGUUGGGGGGAAUAAAUAAUUGGCACAACUCUGUUUAAGAGGUGUUUCAUCUGGGCUACAUUCCCGUGAAAUCAUUCCUGGCAGGGAAUGAACCUGACAUUCGUGGUCUUUGGCUUUCAGAUGUCAACUGUCCUGGUUGCCUUUUAUCCCAAAGCUUGCAGUGAGUGUGUGUAUGGGUAUGUGUGUGUGAAGCAGGCUACCCUCUUCGUGCUGGGACCUUGGGCCAUCCUCUCCCACCAAGAGUUGUUUUUGUUCUGUUCUCACCUCAUUCUGUAGUUUGCAGUGAA